UGGUGUGAUCAAUCAUGACACUCUGGUACGGACGUACGGUCCAUCCUUGCGCUCCAAAAAAGUUUCUCGUUUCGACAUUUUAAUGAACACCUUUCCUUUCCGUUUCCGGCAUCUCUGUAACCCUAAACCCUAAAAUCCCAAUUUCUUAUUCGACAUUUGAAAUAAAUUUUUUUAUUUUUAUGUGAAUAAAUACUGCAACUUUCUAUUUGGAGGUGAACGUAAAAAACAAAAUAAAUAGAAAAUAAAUAAAAAUGGCGUCGAGCUUGCACCAAUGGGAGUCGGAUCCUCUGUUCUCCGCAGCCGAAGUCGUCCAAGAUUCCGCUGACAGGAUGGAAUCGGUUUUCCGCUCUCUGCUGCAUGAGCUCAGUCUUGUUCAAGGUGACUGUCCAGACCCAAAGUUAAGUGUGUCAAUAGAUUAUCACAAACGUGAUCUUGCUACAACACUUGAAACUGCAAAGUGGCAGUUGGAAGAUUUUGAAAGAGCGGUCAGCUUUUCAGCUAUGGCAGGAAGGUCUCAAAAUCGGGAGGAUGUAAUUUCAAGACACAAACAGUUUAUAGGAGCCAUUAGGGAACAAAUACUUUAUGUGGAGAAGAGAUUGGAGGGUACAGCUAUAGGAGAUGAUCCCAUGAGAAAUACAGAGUGGGUUACCUUGAAUGAACAAGAUAGAGAUGGUUUGGCGUUGUUCCUUUCUGGGGGAAAUAAUGCUGAGCCCACUGAUUGUCAAGACGUGGAAGACAACAGUAUCUUGAGAAGAUUUCUUGAUCCAACCACAUCUAGUGCUAAAGAUUCUAUAGAGGAGAACAACUCGAGGAAAGUUGGUUCGUAUAACAGAUUCGGUGAAGGUGGGAGUUGGGACAUUGGCAAUACAAGGUUGAAAUCUGAUUUUACAGAUUCUUUUCCAGAGUCCUCUUGGAACAGAUACGGAGGUGGUGAGAGUCGGGAUCUUGAAGCUAACGAAGCCAAACCUGAAAGCUUCAGCAGAACAAACGUAUUUGGGUUCUUGAGUACGGCAUGGAGUGUUUAUGGGAGUAGGGUAACUGGGAGCUAUACAAAGAGAUUUAAAGAUGGAGAAGAACAAAGUCAUUCCUCAUCAAGUGCUGGUGUUUCUCAUGGUGCACAGGGUCAGCAUCAGGGAACGUGGUUGUAUAGAAAUUUCAAAGAGUUGGGUAUGGGGAUUCGGACAAAAGUAAUGUACUUACGGACCUGGCUUGGUGUAUUUAGGGCAAGAUAUGAAGGAUCACCUUAUCACAUUCAAGUUCAGCGGCAUUCUAUUCAAGUGGUGUUGAUAAUACUACUUGCGCUCAUUAUUUUAGGCACACUGGUUUCCCGGCUUGCUUAAAGACAUUCGAGGUUUGGUUACACUCGACAAUCUGUAUAUGUAAAGGGUUUUCUCAAGACUUUUUAACAUGGGAGGAACUGCUUUUUCGCCAUCUGACCCUCUCUAUCAUGGUCGGAUGCCAACACUCUAUUCAAACUUGGAGAAAUUUUGCACCGAUGGGCAUCGUGUCAUUGUUCCGAGUGUGAAUUUCUGUCGGAUGUAUUGGUUUUGUGCGAUUGUCGGUUUUGGUAGUAGCCAGCAUGACUGUUAUGUCAAAGAAUACAUGGGCCGUUGGAGCCAGUCUAAUGGUUUUCUUUCA